AUGUCGUCGAACGAAGAUGGCCCUGGGCCGCAGCUCGGUUUCUGGGAAAAAGCAGAUAUCCCAUUCAUGUACCUGUCCCUUUGCGGCAGCUUGGUAUAUGCUGCCAUUGCUGGUGUUUUCCGGGGUAAAGCCAGCCCUAGGCGUUACGAUCACUAUGUUGUGUCCGCUGUGGUUCGCAAACUCCUUACUCGGAGGUCAGAUCGUCAGAUGCAGUACCUCAGCCCCUCAACUCCAGCGGCCUACGAAGGCGUUAUGAAAAAGCACGGUCUCAAACCCGAGACUGUCGUACUCCCACACAACACCGAGGGCCACUGGAUCGGAAACAAAGACGCCAAGAACGUCAUUAUAUACUACCACGGCGGCGGUUUCGCCGUCCCCGCCAUGGCAGCGUACUUCGAAUUCUGGCUCGACAUGCUGAAAGACUUGGACAAAACAGGCGACAACCUAGCCGUCUUCUUCCCACGGUACUCGCUCACCCCUGAGUCGACGUAUCCGACCCAGAUGCGACAAGCCGUCGAGGCCCUGCGCUACAUCAUCAACGAGACAGGCCGCUCACCAUCCAACGUGAUCAUCGGCGGGGACUCAGCGGGCGGAAACCUUGCCGCUGCGACGCUGCUGCACCUGUCCCACCCGCACGCGGAAAUCAAGCCGCUGGAGCUGUCGGUGCCGUUGGCGGGCGUCUUUGCGUUCUCGCCUUGGAUACACUUUAGUACGGACUGGCCGUCGAUAGAGGAAAAUAAGUGGAAGGAUAUUCUUCCGCGGGAGGCUUUGGAGAGGUGGACUAUUUCUUACCGUGCCGGUCUGCCGGAGGAUAAUUGGAACCAGCCGUUUGAUGCACCCCCUGGUUGGUGGGAGAGUGCUAAGACGGAGAGGAUUUUGAUUCUUGUUGGUGAGGAUGAGCUUUUGCUUUCGCCUAUUCGGGAGUUUGCGAAGAAGGUCAAGGCGGAGUUCAAAGACAUUACCUUUGUGAUUGGGCAGGAUGAGUCGCAUGAUGCGCCGUUUUUCACUAUGAUGAAGGAGGAGACUCCGACUCAUUCGGCGUUGCGAGAAUGGUUGGCUUCUCGGCUGUGA